AAUAACAAAAACGGUGAAGUGUUAUGAAUAAUAAUAAUUGGUAAUGUGAUUACGAUUACAGAAACAUAGUAAUAAAAUAAUAUUAUUAUUUAUUUUUUUUAAUAUCACAUCAACUACACCUUUUACCUGGUAUUGAUAUUGAUGUAUUAAGGUAUUAUUGCACAUCGUUUAAGUUUUUUCGUCGGCUGCGAGCAAAAGCGACCGGAUCGACAUUCGUUUGGAUUGAUUGAGCACCGUCCGAAUCGUGUUUCGUGUGUUCUGCGAUCGUUUUUUAUCGCGUCCGUCGAUUCUAGAACUUCCGGUACUCCGAUAGUCCAAUCGACGGCAUAUUUUGAGUUUUAGCUAUUUCUCCCGACAACCAUGUAAUCUGCGAAGUCACUGGUAUCUCGUUUUGUAAUUCCAUGAAGAAUGUCGUCGAUGCAUGAACUAAAACCUUCAAUUAAUAAUGUUUUGGAUUUGUUGGCUCAACAGUUUAUUGUGAUUUCUGGUGGUAAAACUAGAGAAGGCUAUUCUAUUAUAUCAUUUCCUGAUAGUGGCAAUUUUGUUGAUUUGCCUGAGGAAGGCUAUGAAAAAUUAAUAUCUUAUAUUACUUCAGUUCCAUCGUUGCAGGAAGCCGAUUUAGGUUUUGUUAUUGUUAUUGAUAGACGUAAUGACAAAUGGAGUUCAGUUAGAUGUGUUCUCUUACGUUUAGCAGAAUUUUUCCCUGGGCUUAUACAUAUAGUUUAUGUGAUUAGGCCAAAUGGCUUUUUACAAAAAGCUAUAUCAGAAGUGAGCAAUAAGUUUUUUAAAGAAGAAUUUAAGUUUAAAGUCGUUAUCUGCAAUGUCGUUGAAGAAUUACAUGAGUAUGUAGAUAAUACUGAACUUACCAUUGACCUUAGUGGCACUUUGCCGUAUUUUCAUCAGCACUGGAUACAACAAAGAAUGGCUUUAGAAAAUUUUUCAAAUGAAACCAAUGAGGUUUCUUUAAUGUUAAAUGAAUUCACUGAACGAUUAGCAAAUGAUACAAUUGAUUUGCCAGACACUAAAGAACAAUGUGCCGAUUUAUUAUGUUGUCAUGCAGUUGAAUAUGGAAGAUUAAAAAAAUGUUUUGCAGAAGCUGUUAAAAAAGGUGAAACUUUGUUAAUUGAUUUCAAACAAGAUACUGACACAUACCAUGGUACAAUACCAUCAACAGUUACUAAUGUUGCUGCAUUAGAAAGAUUAUUGGUGCAAAUGGAAGAAACAGAAAAAGUUUUUGAUGAUUUUUGGGAACAAUUUUCUGGAAGACUAAAGCAAUGCCAUUCAUUGAGGGCAUUUGAAGAAAAUUUUAAUAUUGUACAAAGUUCAUUAAAUGAAAAUUUGAAAAUUCUAUCUGAAAUGACUGAUGUUGGUGAUUCUGUUGAACGAGUUGAAGUAUUACUUGAAGACUUGGUUACAUUUCAGACAUCCAGUCGUGAAAAAAUAAAACUGAGUGAAGAUUUAUUAAAUUGUGGUGGACAAUUAUUAGCUUCCAAACGGUAUAUUGUAUUGGAAAGUAUUCAACCAAAAUGUGAUGAAGUUCAACGUCUCCUUCAAACAUUAAAUGAUCGUUUAGAUAAACGAUUGCAAACUCUAAAUAAAAGCUGUGAAUUACAGGCUAGGAUUCAAAAGGCUAGUGAAUGGUGUGCUAAAGGUGUUAUGCUUUUGGGCUCAGAACCAGCUGAAAAAUGUAUUAGUGCUGAACAAUCACUUGCAGAAUUGGAAGAGUUCAUGAGUAGUGCCCAUCACUUAAAAGUAGAGAGUCCCAGAGAAUUUUACUCCUUAUUUGAAGAUACCAUAACACCUGAAACUAAACCUAUAGUCACACAAGUCCUUCAAAGACUUGAUGACGUUACUACCAUGUGUGACAAACGUUUGGCAAGUCUUAAGCGUUACAUUAAUAAGCCACGGCCUAUUCUAUCUGUUAAUCCUGAACCAGCUAUUCCUAUUAAUUUAGCUAAUAUGACCAAGAUUUCAAAUGGUGUAGAUGAAUGUGAUAGAGCUGUACAGAACGAAGAAAAUAAUGCUACUAAAACCAAACAUGUUCUCACUGAACUUUUAUUUACAGAACGACAAUACACCACUGAGUUAGGCUCUAUACUUAGAGGAUACAAAGAUCAGAUGGAAUUUCCAGAUAUGAAAAAUUUAAUACCUGUAAGUUUAAAGGGAAAAAGUGAAGUUCUUUUUGGAAAUCUUGAAAGUAUCCAUAGCUUUCACAAUCAAUUUUUUUUACCGGCUCUUGAAAGUUCAUCGAGUAUUGAAUCUGUCGCUGUCUGCUUUACAGAUAAUAGGGAGAAACUUCUUCAGCUUUAUACUUACUAUUGUGUUAAUCUAACAAGGUCUGAAGAAUUAAGAGAAACAGUUGGUGAAGAUAAUCCUUUUUUUAAAGCAUGUCAAGAAAAGCUUGGACACCGUUUGCCUCUUGGUGCAUAUUUACUUUUGCCUAUGCAAAGGAUUACUAAAUAUCAACUUUUAUUAAAAGAACUGUUGCACAAUGAAAAAAAUCAAAAUUGUAUUACCAAGUUGCAAAAAGCUCUAGAUUGUAUGUUACUUGUUCUUAAUAAUGUUAAUGACAAUAUGCAUCAAAUUGGCAUAACUGGGUUUUAUGGUGAUUGGAAUGAUUUGGGCGGUUUACUUUUGCAAGGAUCAUUCUCUUUGUGGGUUGAAAACAAGAAAGAUUUAUUGAAAGAAUUAAGACUUAAACCAAUGAGGCGUCAAAUUUUUCUCUAUCAGCAGGGAUUACUAUUAUGUAAAAAGGUCUCUAAAGAUAAUAAACCAAUGUAUCAUUACAAGAAAUAUUUAAGGAUGUCACACAUAGGGCUAACAGAAACUGUCAAAGGAGAUUUAUGCAAAUUUGAAGUAUGGUUAGAAGGGCGCCAAGAAGUUUAUACAAUUCAAGCAUCAAAUUUACAGCAAAAACAACAAUGGGUUUCUGAAAUUAAACGUGUAUUACUUGAACAAUUAGCUGAAUUGAAAGGAGAAAAAAUUAAGCAGUAUAUAAGUACUUUUGGAAAACAUGUAAACUUACGUCAAACACAUUCCUUGGAUAACCAAAGUGAAAACGGGUCUAACCGUAAUAGACGCCCACUAAGUCAUCAUGAAACAACUGAUGAUGAUUCAUCUGACUAUAGUUUGACUGAUGACGAAUCCCUUGAUGGGACAAUUAAACAAAAAAUAGCUGAUAGUUAUAUAUCAUUAGCUGAUUAUAAUGCACUUCGGCCAACAGAUGCUACAUUAAAAAGAGGUGAUAAAGUAGAUCUUCUAAAAGCUGGUUCGAGUAGUUGGUGGUAUGUCAAAGUUCAUGGUUCUAAAACUGAAGGUUGGGUCCCAGCCGCACAUUUAGAGAUCAGUGGUCGUAAAUCUUCCCACAGUUCUCAAUCUGUUUGCAGUCAUGGAUCUACGUCUACAGAAUAAGUCGCCAAUAUGUUUGUCUAAUCAAUAAGUAUUUUACAUGUUCUACAUAAUUGUGAUAUUAAGUAUUUAUUUUGUUUAUUAUUAUUUAUUUAGUCUAAACAGGACUACUAUUAAUUAUUAAUAAUUAAGUCCUAUUUUUACACGUUUAAAAUUAUUAUGUACUAGUGAGCAUGUCAUUUACUGUGGCAUAAAAUUAUCGUGAGCUUCCUUAGAGUUAGUUCAGGAAACAUAAAAAAGCUUUAGGUCUGCAUUCUUUGUACUACAAUUUAGGAUAUUGAGGACUGGUAUGUAAAUUAUGAUCAGAGUAAUAUAAUAGGUAAUAUAACUUGUAUUAACUUGAUUGUAUUUUGGUAUAGAGUGUAGCAUUAAUCAUUGCUAAGUCGAAAUAUUUUGUAUGAGAAAUUUAACUAUGUAAUAACUAUUUUCAGUUUACAAUUUUGUAUGUUAACACCCUUUUCCCUAAUAUUAUACCACAAUCAAGUUCAAAUUCUCUUGUUACAAUUUCAACCAGUACUUGAUUCAGUUGUUCUGUAUUACAUUUUUCCGAGUCAAUUUCAAUUAACACAGUUUCAAAAAUUAUAUAAUCGUUUUAACUAUACGUAUUAAAUACAACAAUUUUUAGAAAAGCUAAUGUGCUUGUGAAUGAUAAUAAUAUAAAUUAACAAUUUUUGAUACGUUUAUACUAUGCACUUAAUUUAUUCAUUAAAUUGUAAUACAUUUUGAUACCUUUAGCUCUUGGGCAUUAUCCUCCUGUUUUGGUUCCUCUAAUUCCUCGCGAGUUUUGUUGUAAAAUAUUUAAAUAUAGUUUUGUUGUGUAUAUCAAUGUUUAGGAAUGUUCUUUUUUAGUUUGAUAAUGUGAUAGGUAAAUAUUAAAAAUGUGAUUUUUUUUAUAUAAUGAUUGGCUACUUAAAACAAUUUAUAACUGUUCUUUUUAAAUUUUUUUUUUUUCGCCAAAUAUAUAAUGUUUUCAUAAUAGCAUAAUGGGUGGUAUGUGCUAAUGUAUAAUGUGAUAUAUGAUAAUCAAAAAUUUGAAUCACAUUAUUUUAAAAUAGGUUAAUUGUUAUCUUCAAAAUGUAAUUAAAUGGUGGUUUCCUUUUUUUUUUACAGUUUAGUUAUCAAUUUAUGUUUAAAAUGAUUAAAAUUACACUAAAAACAUAUUGACUAAAUUUAAAUUUGUUUAAAUAGUUAUUUGAAUAUUUCUAAUUUUUAAGUCAAUUUUAAUUGACUCAUAAAAUUUAAACCAUACUAAUCCAGUGUUCAAAAGUGACUUGUUUUUGCCAUUUCAAUUUGAUCUUAAAUUUAUUUUUUUUUUAAAUUCUAGUCAUUAAUAUAUUAAAAAGUUUUUCUGUCUGUGAUGAUCAGAUUUAUUAUUGUUUGUCUAUUAUGGAUUAAAAGUUUGAAACACAUGAAUAAACAAUGAUUCAAAUUUUAUUCCACGGUUCCUAGAAUACUUUUUUUUUUUAAUAAUUUGGCGAGAACUUAAAUGAAAAUAAAAUGCAAUUAAUUAACAAUUGUUUAACUGCGGUUUUAAGAAAAUGUUACUGGUUAAUUACUAGUCUUCUUAGUUAAUUGUUUUGACUGUUUCCCAAUGGGGUUCUCCAUUUUUAAUUAAGUAUUAAUUGUAACUCACCUUUUAUUAAUUAUUAUGUUUAUAAUUUAUUUUUCCUACACAUUUCUCACCUUAAAUUAUUAUUAUUAUUAUUAUUAGUAUUACUUAUUAUUAUUAUUAUUAAUGAUUUGAUUUUAAAAAUGUAAUUAUUUUAUAAAUGAAAUGUUUACCAAAAAUUGGCAAUUGUAUGUUUUUUAGUAUGUAUACAUUUUACCAGCUUUAAGCAUCCUUAUUAUUUUAUUAAUUUUAAACAUACUUUAUAUGGCUUUUUAAGUUAAUUUUGUAAUAUUUGAAAUAGAAAAAAAAUGUUAUGUUUUAGCAAUAGAUAUAUCUAUGACUACAGAAUAUUAACUUUGUUGUAACCUAUUAUACCAAAUACCGAUUUAAUUUUUACUUAAAUUGCCUAAAUAAAUCAGUUGUACCUAUGUUAAAUAUUAAAAUGUAAAGAGUAUUAGCUGAAAAAAUGUCACUAUUUUAUUGUUUUUGCAAAAUGUAUGUUUAAAUUAAACCGUUUCACUAGCUAUGACUAUAUAUGUAUUUUUAUAAUAAAAUGAUGUUUAAAGAAAUAUA